UCAGAAGUUACCAGGCGCGCCAUGGAACCACAACCGAUGCUCAUCCUCCUCUUCCUUGUGCUCGGGUUCGGCCAGUGUUUGUGCAAUAGAGGUCUAAAUGUGGAAAACAACUACCGGAACAUGAAGGUGCGCCUGGCAACCGAUCGCCCCAGUCGCGGAGCGGUCCAAGUGCUGCGGGAAGGGCGCGUAGAGGUAAGCUUUGAUUUUGGCGCGACAUGGGGAACUAUCUGCAGCACUACUUGGAGCAUGCGGGAGGGUAACGUAGUGUGCCGCCAGCUGGGAUUGGGGUAUGCCUCCAAGGCCAUUCAAAGCACGGAGCACGGGAACAGCAAGAAGCAUCCUUGGGGAAUGGUAGGAACUCUUUGUCGUGGCAACGAGCGCCGUCUGGCGGACUGCACGCGGGAGUCCCACUAUCCUAACCUUUGCAACGCACGGAAUCCGAACGUUACGGUUGUGUCCUGUGUGAGCUAUUCGGCUGAUCUUGAAAUUGGACUCCGGGACAUAGAAAGGAGCGCUCGACUGGAGGCGGUGCCUAUGUCGCGGCUCACCUGCGCCAUGGAGGAGCACUGUGUGUCUGCCGACGCGUAUGAGAUCCGAAGGACUCAGCCCAACGCCGAGAGGAAACUGCUACGUUUCUCUGUCAAGGCCAGCAAUGUGGGCACGGCUGACGUGAGCCCGUAUGCCAACUACAAGGAUUGGGUGUGGCACCAGUGCCACAGACACUAUCACAGCAUGAACGUGUUCGCCACCUUUGAUGUAUACGACCUGAAGUACAAGAAGGUGGCCCAGGGGCACAAAGCUUCCUUCUGCCUGAUGGAUUCCGAGUGUCGGCCCGGCAUCCGCAGCAAGUACACCUGCGGGAACACAACCCAGGGUAUUUCGGUCGGUUGCGCUGAUGUAUACACCGAUGUCCUGGACUGCCAAUGGGUGGACGUAACCACAGUGCCCGUCAACCGGCGCUACAUUCUACGUGUGGCUCUCAACCCGGAAUACAAACUCGGAGAGAUCUCUUUUGAGAAUAAUGGAGCCGAAUGUUUGCUCGAUUACACGGGCGUCCACAAAACCACCAGGAUUUAUAACUGCAGAAGGUCUCCUUUGUGGUUUAAGAUAUGA